AUGUCAUCAAGAAAAUUCUUUGUUAAAUUAGAACGGAAGUUAAUCCUUUUUCAUCAAGUAAAAAGAUUCAAGAAACCUGAAGUUGAAAAAAAUGAAAAUCAUGAAUUAAAAAAUAUUUCUAAAAUUAAUGAUAAUAAAACAUAUCUUUCAAGCACAAAAAUUAGUAAAAAUAAUUUAAAAAUUAACAUAAAUACAAAAAAUAAAAAAGAUAAUAAACUAACUAAUAAUAAUAACAAUUACUCUGAUAAGCACAAUGUUAAGAGAAAUUAUACAAAUAAUAUGAGUAAUUCUAAAUUAACAAAAAUAUCAUCGGAAACUUUGGGAAGCAGAGAUAACCUUCAUAAUAAGUUAAAUAAUAAUACAAAUAAUAUAUAUAACAAAAAUCAUAUUAAAAUUAAUAACAAUAAUAAUAACAUUAACAACACAAAUUUAUAUAUAAACAAAUUACAUGAUUAUUUAAGUGUUGUGAAUAAAUCUGAAAGCGAUAAAAUAAAAAUAAAUAAAAUAUUGAACAAAUUAAAAAAUGAUAAUUUGACUAUUAUUAUUAUAUUGAAUGUAUUAAAAGAUUUAUGCAAUUUAUUUCUAAAAAAAAGUUCUAUAAAUAUAGAUGAUUUAAUUGUAGUAGAUUAUUUAAAUAACAAAAAUUCUUUAAAGAAAUUAAAAAGCUAUUUUGAUGAAUAUUUUGUGCAUAUAGAAAAUUAUUUAAAAAGUUACAUUUGUUUUAUAAAUGAAGAAAAUAUUUAUGAUUUAUUCAAAUAUUUUUAUUAUCUUAAUUAUUCAUUGAGUUUAAAUAUAAUAGAAUUAUUAAUGGAAAGAUUAUAUUUAUGCAUUGAUAAAUUAGAUAAUUUGAAAACAGUUCAAAUAUAUUAUAUUAUUCAAUCUUUUUAUAAGCAUUUUUAUUUAAAAGAAGUAGAUAAUUAUUUUAUUUUAGUUAUUAAUGAAAAAUUGAAAAAAUCUUAUAGAGAGAAUAAUUUUUUUAAUUCUUUUCUUUUAUCUAUAAAUAAAGAUAACUCCAACUUGGAAAAUAAUAAAAAUACGAACGAAGAAUAUAAAUUUACAUUUAACAGUUUGUUUAAUUUAAAUAAUAAUGAUUUUAUUAAUGAUAAUGAACAUAAAGAAAAUUUGUAUGAAAAUCCAUCAAACGAACAUAAAAACUGGUAUAAUAACAAUGAAUUAAAUAAAAUUAAUAACGAAAAUCCAGAAUUAAAUUUAAAUAAUGAAAGUGGUAAUAUAUUUUUAAAUAUAUACAACAAUGGUGAUGAAAAUAAUAGAAGUAUUAAAACAAAUAAAGAACAAAACAAUAAUUUUGUCCCUUUGAAACAAUUAAAUAAUUUAAAAACUAACGAUAAGGAUAAUGUUGUGGAAAAUAAUGAAAUUAUGUUGAUUUUUAAAUAUAUUCAAAAUUUUCAUAACAAAAUGAAUUUUUUUUAUCAGUAUAAUAUAACAAAUUUUAUAGAAAAAAAUAAAAAUAAAUUUUCAAUUGAUUCCUUAUUACUCAUAUUAAAUAUUUAUAUAAAUAACACUAAUGAAAUGCUUAAUGAACAAAUAUUAGAAUUAUUAUAUUACAAUAUGGAUAAUAUGACUGAGAACAAUUUAAUACUGUUGACAAAUUAUUUGAGUAAAUCAAAAUGUGUUAUAAAAAUAAAUAAAGAUGAUAUUAAUGAAAUAGCAUUCAUUAAUAAAAUUAUGUAUAAGAUAAAAAAUGACAAGGAACUAUUUAUUCCAGAUAAUCUUGCAACAAUUUUUUUAAAUAUAAAUGAAACAAUAAAUAAAAUUUUAAAUUCGAAGGAUAUUAUAAAAAAACAAGAUUCAAAUGUAUUUAAUAAUUCUAAGAAAACAACUAACCAAAAUGGUUUUUUUAACAAAAAUGGUUAUAAUAAUGAAAAUUGCAUUAUUGAGCCAUUUAACGAAGAGGAAAGAUCUUCUAUUAACAUGAAUAAUGAUACUACUACAAAUAAUAAAAAUGAUGAACAAAUAUAUAUAAAUGAAAUUAAUGAUAAUAAAAGUGUAGAAAGAAAUGAAAAUAGCAGCGAUAAUAGCAAAAAUGAAAAGAAUGAUCAAAUUAUUAAUUAUGAUAAUUUAAGAAGUUAUUUUAUGAAUGAAUUAAUAAAAUUUUGUGAUGAUUAUAUUAAUAACAUUUCAUCAUUUAAAUCAAUUUUUAAUUUAUACCUAAUAUACAUUAAAAAUGAAGGAAUAAAAAAUAAAACAAUAAGUGUGUUUGAACAGAAAAUCAAAAUGAAUAAAAAUAAAAUAACUAAAGAGAAUAUAUCAAACAUAAUUUUAUCAUUAAGCAUAUAUCCUUAUCAUACAACACAAAUGUUUACUUACUUAGAAAAUGUGAUAAAUGAAAAAUUGAUGAAUAUAAAUGAUAAUUUUAGUUGUGAAUAUAAUAUAAAUGAAAAAAAUAUAGAUGAAAAUUUUGUUAAUAUAGAUGCAAAUUAUUUAAUUGAUAUUUCACUGGCUCUUGGUAUUAGUGGUAGAAAAAAUUUAAAACUAUGGAAAUUUAUUGAUGUUCAUAAAAUUAUUCUUACAUGUAAUAAAAAAUUAUUAUUAUAUUUAUCUUAUAGUUUUUUAUUAACAAAUUAUUUUUGUUCUCUUUCGUGGUUUUUUAUUAUUAAAAGAAUUGUAGAAGAUAUAAAAGUUUUUAAUAAAAAACAAUGUGAAUUAUUAUAUGAAAUACUAAAGUGUAGUGUUUUAUUUAAUUGUGUUGAUUUGAAUAAUUUUACUUGUAAUUCUCUAGAAUCCAACAAUAAUAUAAAAAAAAAACUAUCGAAUAAUAACAAUAAUAAAAAUGAAGCAGAUAAUUUUUUAAAAAAUUUUCAUUAUUUAUUGAAUACUUCUUAUUAUCAUUAUAAAAUAAAGUUAAUAAAUAAUCAAUAUAAUUCAAAAGUUCCUUAUGAAGAAAUAUUUAAUUAUCUAAAAUUAAAUUAUGAAAAAAACAUAGAAUUUAAGCAGCUAUAUAUAAUUCCAUAUCUUCUAAAAGACUAUAAAGUAAUUAUUGAUCCAUUACCUUCUACACCAAUUCAUAAAUCAAGUGGUUUUAUAAUGGGAGAAAUUCAAUUAAAACAUAAAGUAUUUCAAUAUGAUAAUUAUGUUGUUUUAUCAUUUUAUGAUGGAAUGUGGAAUAAAUUCAUUAAAUCAUCUGAAGAUAAUGGAAAAUAUAUAUAUGAUAUAAAGUCUCUAUCAGAACAUUUUAAAACAUAUAUUGAAUCUCAUGUAAAAAUAGAAAUUAGUAAAAAUAAUAUCAAUAAUACUCCCUCCAAUGAAAUUAAACAAACAAAUUCCGUUAAUUACUUAAAAUACAAAAGGCCUAAUUUACCAUCAGAAUUUAAUAACAAAUAUUUAAUAAAUAAAACUAAUAAUACAAACAAUUAUCAAGAUCAGAAUAAGUAUUUAAAAAUUAAAACUAAAAUAAAUAAAAAAUAA